GGCGUAGCGGGAUCGCGGCGGCGGGCACGCUAAUCGGGGAACGAGGCGCGUAGGCGAGCUCCGGUCGGGACACGGCGCGUUAUAUUUAAGCCAUCCGCGGACCCGGCGCCCACGGUACGUACGUUGUCGGAUUGGUGUCCCCGGCGAACGAAAAUCAAUAUUUCCGUCGCGUUGCGAGGAAGAGAGAGAGAGCACAAGCGAACGGUCGCCAUUGCCGUAUACUAUUAUAUUCGCGCGCGCGUGUCUCUCUCUCUCUCUGACGUCGAUCCUCGUACUUUUCGGCGUCACGACGAACGAGGACGACGACGCGCAACCGCUUCCGCUCCGUCAUCGUCACCGGUCAGUCGCGCCGCGUCGCGACUCGUGUACGUGAGUUUCGUUGGACACGCGCACGUUGUGCAGCCACAAGGAGAGAACCAGCCAGCGGUACACCAGUAGCAGCGGCGGCACCGCUUCGUACGAGAAUCUCGUCUGCCUCUGUCAUAUUUGAGGAUCUCCGAUUCGAUCGCGGUAGGUUCGAUUUAUCGUCGCCGAUCAUUCUCUUUCCUAAUCCUGCCAUCCUCUCUUUCUCAUUGCUCGUCUUCGUCCGUCAAUCUGAAGGAGAGCCGAAGCAGCCUCGGUGAGAAGACAGUCGCAAGCGCGAUAUCCCGUUCCGGUAGCGCGGAAACCGCGCCGUCGACGGUCUCUCUCGCGUUCGCUAAUUCGCUUUUCUCUUCCUUUCCUCGCACUCUUCCCUUUUCUCAUUCCUCCUCCUCCUCCUCUACCUCCUCCUUCGCACUCUCGCCGAAACGAUGGCGUUUCUGAGGAGCGUUUCGCGACGAUGUUGCGCCGGAAAGAAGCUGAGCAAGUGCGGCGUGCCGCCGUUGCCCGUGGUCGGCCUCCUGGAGAACGCGGCGGCGUCGGCGGCGAUGGUGACGAGGACACCGUCGUUGCGGCUGGUUACACAGGUGCGCGACGACACGCGCGGCUACGCGACCUCCGCCGCCGACGCUGCCACUGACGUCAAGAAGCAGCAGCCGGCAUCGCCUCGGCAGAUCGACCCACUCGAUUUGAAGUUUAACGACCCGAUCGCCGCGUUCAAGAGCAAGACCACCAAGGAGCUGAUGCGUGCCUAUAUCGUCUAUCAGAUGUGCUCUAUCGAAUAUAUUGUGGAGAAUAAUAUGAAGGUCAUGAAAUUGACAAAAAUGAUGUUAGGCGAAAAGCUAUUCACAAAGCUUAUGAAGGCAACGUUUUAUGGUCAUUUCGUCGCCGGGGAAGAUGAAGUGCAGAUCACACCAGUUUUGGAGAGAUUGCGGCAAUUUGGCGUAAAACCGAUUCUUGAUUAUUCCGUCGAAGAAGAUAUCUCGCAGGAGGAGGCCGAGCGGCGCGAAAUUCAAGCCUCAGUAUCAGAAGCGGGUGACGUAAAGAGGGAAGGCCCGCUGAAAAAGUAUCACGUGGAGAAGUCAUUCGCCGAUCGGCGGUACAAAGUGUCAUCGGCUAGGACGUAUUUCUACCUGAAUGAAGCGUCCUGUGAGCGAAACAUGGACAUAUUUAUCAGGUGUCUGGAGGCUGUGGCGAGUGCUUCGAUGGGCAUGGGCAUCACAGCCGUCAAAUUAACCGCGCUUGGCCGGCCGCAGCUUUUGCUUCAAUUGUCAGAGGUAAUCAUGCGCGCACGGCAGUACAUGUCCGACGUUAUUGGUGGCGAGGGUGCCAUUCUGGCCCACCAUGUGAAACCUGAUGAUUUUAGGAAAAAAUUCGAGGAAGCACACAUCAAAGACGAGGAAUCGGUGCAAAAGUUCCUUCAGAAAAUGCAAUCGGAUAAAGAAGGUGUGAUUCAUCUCUUCCCGUGGAGCGGUAUUUUAGACGAAAAUUAUGAACUAAGCGAAACUUUCCAAGUACCUGAUAUUAAAACGGGCAAAAUGGUCAGAUUAAUGACACAGCUUACGACUAAAGAGGAAGAAAUGUUUAGGAAUAUGAUUAGACGAUUAAAUAAUAUCGUCACGGUGGCUGAUAGUCUAGACGUUCGUAUUAUGAUAGAUGCAGAACAGACGUAUUUCCAACCGGCCAUUUCUCGCCUGACGCUGGAGAUGAUGCGCAAGUACAAUACGAAAAAGGCUGUGGUAUUCAAUACUUACCAGACGUAUCUGCAAGAGGCAUAUAACGAGGUGAAAACGGACCUCGAACAAUCGGAACGUCAAAAUUUUUAUUUUGGUGCUAAACUUGUACGCGGCGCGUAUAUUGAACAGGAAAGGGCGAGAGCGGCAGCUAUGGGUUAUCCAGAUCCCACGAAUCCCACAUAUGAGGCGACGACAGAAUCCUAUCAUAGGACGCUCAUGGAGUGCUUGAGGCGGAUGAAACAGUAUAAGGACAAAGGAGUCGAUCCUAAGAAAAUAGGAAUUAUGGUCGCCUCGCAUAACGAGGAUACUGUACGUUUCGCGAUCGAGAAAAUGAAAGAAAUCGGAAUUUCACCGGAGGAUAAGGUUAUAUGUUUCGGUCAAUUAUUAGGAAUGUGCGAUUACAUAACAUUUCCAUUAGGUCAAUCCGGUUACUCUGCGUACAAGUACAUCCCGUACGGACCAGUUAAGGAAGUGUUGCCAUAUUUGUCGCGGCGCGCGCAAGAGAACCGGGGUAUACUGAAGAAGAUUAGGAAGGAGAAACGCUUGCUACUAAAUGAAAUCACAAGACGUAUAGUGCGCGGCAAGAUCUUUUACAAACCCAAGGGCAAUUAUACUCCAGUUUGAGCAGUUGAUCUGUUUAGUUGCACAGAGACAGGAUUUUAAGUAUCAAAUUUAAGUAGUGAUUGUAAAUUAUUGAGAACUCUCCCAAAAGAUAUGGGCAGAAUAUUCGGACUGAAGUAACUGAUUAAAGUAACUUGACGAACCUGUUGCUGUGGUAUUCGAAGGAAAGAGCGGCAUGCGUGCACACGCGCGAACGCGAGUGUGUGAAAACUUACGGUUAUACGCCCAGUGUUAUCCAUUACACAAAAAUUGCCUUGGUGUUAUAUUUUCGAAUGCAUCGGUGCUCAAUGCUGCUGGUAAAACUAUAGUAUUAUAACUAUAGUAUUCGUUGUUCGUUUUACUCGUUAUAGUCAAAGAAAAUGAUUGUGCUACAAUUAGUUUCGUCAGAGAAUGCGUUUUCACAAAAAUCGGAUAAAGAGAAUCGAAACUUAAUUGGUUUUUUACGCUUAAAGUAUUGAAAAUUAACGAUAGUUACUUUAACACGUAGCUCGUGAUAUUUUCUCUAUGCAAUAUUAAAGAAUCGAUUGGAUCGGCAGCUUGUUCGAUGCGAAACAUCGACCGUCGGGAGAAAAUAGGCUCUGGUUUUUUAGCACAUUCGUUUCAAGUUCUACAAUUUCUUUGAGAAUCUCGUCGAAUAUUUUCCAUAUGUAUAUAAUACACGCGCGCAUCAAUUAUUUAUGAUCGUGUUUACGUAAUAUUGUCUUAUCGUCCAUAGUAUCUGUAACAGAGUAAAAAAGAUGGAAAAAAGAAACAAAGGACAUCGCUCAUGAGUAUUUGAAUGACAACACCUGCGAUUUAUUACCAUCUCGACGAUUAUUGCUUACGGUGAACGUAUGUAGGAUAAUCGAGAUGCAUAUAGUUACCAGGAAGGAACGGAUAGUGGCUGCAUCGCAUGCAUUUCCAUUAAGAUGUAACAUUACCGACGAAUCUUUUAGUAUGCGGUGUAUGCGACAAUGGAAGACCGAUUGGGAAAAAAAUAAAUAACAUACGUAUUACGAAAAGAUGGUUCUUAGAAAUGCUACAAAAUAACCGGAUGAAAAUGUAAUGAGAUUCAGAGGUAUCUCUUUCCAAAUGCUUUUGGUAAUACGAAGCAGAAGAGAAAAAGAGUGUUGUUUUUAACAUGCGUGUUUAAUACACGCUUGUCGUACGAAAGUAAUCUUGUGCUGACAUGGCGAUAACGAAAGUCAGGGAAAUCUGUGAGCAAAGUAUUUUUUUGUGAUACGUUAAUAAUUGUAGAUAAGUCACACACAUACGUAUACAAAAUAUUAGUCCCACUUUGCUUCAGCCUAAAAUUGCUUUCUCGCGUUAUUAAAUAAAUCCGUAAAAAAAGCGUACGGCGCUGUUGAAGAACAUUACAAGUAAUCGCAGUAAUAUCGAUAAAAUAUGUAUGACUCUACUUCGUGAUCCUCAUUUUUUUUCCAAGGAAAAAGUUAAGGGAAGAUCGAUUUAUAAUUCAGAAAUAAUGAAUUUUUGCCGUGAUUUGAAUAAAAUUUUUAAGUACUAACGAAUCCUUUUUAUCCGUUACAAGAGAAUUUAUAUUCUGAAAAAAAAAUUUAUUGCGAGAUUAGGCAAUGAUCAAUGGAAAGGAAAAUCGUCCGAUCAGAGAUAUAGAUAUAAAAUUUAGUAUUACUCUAAUCUCUAAUUGAUACAAGGCUGUAAUUCGCGACUCCGGAAAUAACGAUCACACGUAACAUCAACAUCAGUUACAAUACUUUAGCCUAUAAGAUUGUACGAACAUUUCCACGGGGGUUGCAUAGCGCAUUUUGAUGUUCUCAGGCCAGUAUUUCUCUGAUGCUCGCGAUAGAUGACUCGAUAAUGUAUUCGAUGAGUACUAUUUUAUUAUUAUUUUUCUUAAUUAUAUCGCACUCACGUGGAUUGUCAUGAUACUCAACGCAUUAUUUCGUUUGUCGAGCGAUUUGUACGCGAAUAUGGAUUUAUGAUCUCUUAUUUUGUUCUUUUUGCUAUCUAUGUUAGAAGCGAAAGCGUUUAUGUUCAGAAUGUUGUAUAUGUAGCCUACAUUUAUAUAUGAUUAUAAUAAUUCAAACGAAGUAUAUUGUGUAGGGUCUUUACUCGCUUCGUAGAGACGCACUGCGUGCGCGAUGUUGAUUGAAGAAGAGCAAAAACAAGAGUUACAAAGCGGGUCUAAAAAAUCCUUCUGCAAAUCAUGUGUUACAUGCAAAUAUUAGAAAAGAAAAAAAAAAGAAACAUGAAUGAUGAAAAAAAAUAAAUAAAGAGGCAUUGUUACAAGUUA